CGCCCCAAAGCCUCCGUUCUUACAAUGUAAAAUUUUAAGAAUUUCUGUUACUGUCUUUCUGUUGUUGCUGAUUUGCCAGGUGUGCAGCCAUAUCCGAUGCGCCGGGCACUGUUGUAUCCGUAUGGGUUUUAAAUCUCUUUGCCCCCUUUCUUGCUUGCUGCAGAAAGUCCACCGCACAGGUGAGGAAACUGAGGCUCGGAGAGGCAGGGGCCCCCAAACUCCUUAGCAGAGGACCUGGAAUACGGAUCUCGUCUGUCAUUCCGGCUCUCACGCCCACAUUCUCAGCCUCUGCGGCUGUGCUGGGAGGGAGGCUCAGGACGGCAAUGGUCUCCACCUUCCCAUUUUAAAGAUGGAAAACUGAGGCUCACAGGAGGGAUAGGAUUUGUUUGCAUUUUGGCUGCUCUGAGCCCUCAGGCCCUAUGGUUGGUGGUCUCGGGCUUUUUGUGGAGACCGAGACCCUGAGCUGUCCCGCUCGGUACACAGAAGGCGGGAGGCAAGUUGAUCUGUCCCUCUGGGCUCUGCAGAGGGAAGGAGAGAGGGGCUGGGCACACGGCUGGAGGCUGGGAGGUGGGGAGGUGGGGAGCGGCCCUGAGUGCCUGGGCCAGGCCCAGAUGCCCCCCUAGGCCCCGAAGGUGAAACCACAUACAGGUGUGGCUUCCAGGAAUCGGUGACUGGUGACCGUGACCCUGGGGUUGGUGACGCUGGGUCAGCCCUCCGCCCACCCAAGCUCUCUCCGCCUUUAUGUGCUGCCCGGUAAUUUUGGGAUGUGUGAGUCAUGGGAAGAGUACAGGACAAACACACCCGGAGAGCAGACGAAGCCACUCCUGUCCUCCCUGGUGAUGGAGAUCUGCUGGGGCCUGUGAGUGGCAGUGUCCAGCGGCAUCCCGUAGGAGCCCUCGGCCAAGGCGACAGGCUGCCAGGAAGCCACCGGCUGCCAGACACCCAGAGAGGCCCCAGACCUCCCGGGUCCUGGCUGUGAGCCCAGCUCGUGGCAUCUGGUCGAGAUGAGGACCCUCUUACAGGAGACGGUGUCUGGAGCCUGGAUGGAGAACGCGACUCUCAGCUACGAGUACGGGGAUUACGCGGGGGUUCCGGACCUCCCCGUGGACUGCGUGGACGCCCCCUGCGGCUCCACCCACCCGCUGAGCACCGCCCCGUUCCUGCUCUACGCGGCCGUGUUCCUGGUGGGCGUGCCAGGCAACGCAGUGGUGGCCUGGGUGGCCGGGAGAGAGGCCCGCCGCAGGGCCGGCGCCACCUGGUUCCUCCACCUGGCGGUGGCGGACCUGCUCUGCUGUCUGUCGCUCCCCUUGCUGGCGGUGCCCCUCGCCCUCGGGGGCCACUGGCCGUUCGGGGCGCUGGGCUGUCGGGCCCUGUCGUCGGCCAUCCUGCUGUCCAUGUACGCCGGCGUGCUUCUCCUGGCCGCUCUCAGCGUAGACCUGUGCCUGGGGGCGCUCAGGCCCGGCUGGGGGGCGGCCGCCGGGCGGGCGCGCGGGGUGCGCGUGGCCUGCGGGGGCGCCUGGGCGGUGGCCGUGCUGCUCACCGCGCCCUCGGCCUUCUAUCGCCGGCUGCACCAGGAGCACUUCCCUCGCCGGCUGCAGUGCGUGCUGGACUACGGCGGCUCCGCGGCGGUUGAGAACACAGUGACCGCCACCCGCUUUAUCUUCGGCUUCCUGGGCCCGCUGGUGGUGGUGGCCGCCUGCCACGGCGCCCUUCUGUGCCGUGCGGCCCGACACCGCUGGCUGCUGGGCACCGCCGUCGUGGUGGGCUUCUUUGUGUGCUGGGCCCCCUACCACGCGCUGGGGCUGGUCAUCACCGUGGCGGCCCCACACUCCAGGCUCCUGGCGCGGGCCCUGCGGGCCGAGCCCCUGGUCACCGGCCUCGCUCUGGCUCACAGCUGCCUCAAUCCCAUGCUCUUUCUGUAUUUCGGGAGGACUCAGCUGCGCAGGUCACUGCCGGCCGCAUGUCGCUGGGCCCUGAAAGAGUCGCAGAGCAAGGAUGCAAGUGUGGCCAGCAAGAAAUCCACCAGCCAUGACCUAGUCUCGGAGGCGGAGGUGUAGGCUAGAAGGAGACGGGUUUGUGUUCUUCUGUCCAAUUUCACAGCGCUAGCUUCAGGCAUGGCUGGAUCCAGGGGCUCAAUGAUAUCAUCGUUUAUUUUCUGUAUUCAUUCAACAUUCAUUCGUUAUGCACCUGCUAUGUGUGAGGGCCUAUUAUAGGUGCCGAGGAAGUGGCAGUGAUGGAAACAGACACCAAUCCCUGCCCUCAGGGAGCUGACAUUCUAGUGGACGAAGACAGACAACAUUCUCAUGGACGGAGACAGACAAUAAGCAAAGGAAAAGUGAAUAUGGACUAUAUCAAGUUGUGAUAAAUGUUAAGAAAUCUACAGGGGACAAAAAGGGCUGAGUGGGGCAGGGAUAUAGGUCAGCCAGGCAAGACCCGUUGGGUAAGGUGAUAUUUUAGCCAAGACCUGAGGAAGGGAGGGAGAGGUCAUGCUUAAAGCAUGCUAAGCACAGGGAGCGGCAAGUACAAAGGCCCUGAGGCACAUUGUGCUUGGCAUUAUUCCAGGAAGAUAAAGAGGCCGGUGUGGAGGGAGCAAGAGGGAAAGAAAGUGGGGUGAGACAAAGGGAGGGAGAUAGUGGGGGCCGGAUUUGAAAGCCUUUCAGGCCCUAGCAAGUGUUUGGGGAUCCAUGGGAAUGUUCUGAGCUGUUUUAUCAGCUAAAAUACACAAGACCCAAUAAAUCUGAGUUUCAGGUAAACAAUAAGAAAAGGUUUUUUUAGGGGCACCUGGUGGGCUCCGUCAGCGGAGCG